AUGGCGGAAGAACGAAUUCUGGCCAAGGGCGUUCGCUCGUACUUGUACUCCGACGUGUGCAUGAGCAAGCGGGCCAUAAUCCGCAACGCCCUUUUCUGUCGAGUCUGCGGAACUCAGAGCGCCCAACUGCAGCAGACUAGGGUUCAUGACAGACUCGGAGUGUUGCAAGGCACGCUUGACACUCGGACCAGCCGGACUGAACAGCCUUGCUGCAGCUCGACGGCGCCGAAGCGCAUCGUCCACAAUGGACGUGCGUCUUUGACGCCCCUCUUUCCAACUCCGACGGUCAUGCCAUCGACGUUGGAUGUCGAGCCAUUGCUUCAACACGGGUCACCUUCAACCGAAGGGCUUGGUGAAAUACGGAAUGAUGAGAAGCCCAAGCUACAGCGAGCUCCUGAGCCUAUCGUCAGUCUUGAUCUGUGGCAGAAUGUCUUGCGUCUGUCGUAA